AUCAUCUAAUGUCAUCUCUUUGACAAUUCGAAUCAAUCCAUAUUCAGGCUGGGCCGGACUCAAAUCCUGCCCUUGGAAAUUAGUUUCCUCAAAUCUUGGCUGCGUCAGAUUUUUCAAAGAAGGAAGCAACCGCUAAGGCGCGAACAUCGCUCCGUCGUCGUCGCCAACCAGAACGCGCAUCCAAUUACUCUUUAUUUGCCUUCAAUAUCCAAAUAAUUUGUUGCCAAUUGCUGUCUGUCUCUGAGGUAUUUUGAAUAAUCAGAUUCUUCAAUUUGAUUCUAUAUGUAAUUUAUGUCAUCACUUAGUCGGUGUCGUUUCAAUAAUAUUUCCUUUUUUCUGUUUAUGUCUUCGAAUUAGAAUAUUGUUUAGCCAGAUUUGGGAUUACCGUAUUCUAGGGCUUUAAAUUAUCCGUUAAAUUCUAUAUUCUUUGCCGAAUCGAAUGGCCGCUGCCGCGGCUUGUAAGCGUGUGGGACAGAUGGGAACCAAUUCAGGUAUUAAUGUGAUUAGAUUCGGAGGAUUUGGUGCUUCUGAAAGGGCCCCACCCUCGGAUUUUUCUUCCGUACAGUUAUGGCCUUCAAUGCGUAAGAGGUUCGACUGUAGGCAGAUUUCUCAGCUGGUGACAUCUAAUGGAAGGAGGUUGUUUCUCGUUGACACGUUGGCACUGGUUAGGAGAUUGGAGGGGCAAGGUGUGCCCUCUAAGCAAGCGGAGGCAAUAACAGCUGCCAUAACUGAGGUUUUGAAUGACAGCUUGGAAAAUGUGUCUCAAUCGGUUGUUUCAAAGGCAGAGAUGCAGAAAAGUGUAAUGGUUCAGGAAUCCAAUUUGUCUCAAUUCAAAUCCCAAGUUCAAAGUUCGCAGGACCAUCAUUUUGCCUUACUGCAACAUGAAACUGAAAAACUUCGUAAUGAUAUAGAGAAGAUGCGCAGUGAAUUGAGGUAUGAAAUUGACAAAGUUACUGCAGGGCAACGGUUGGAUUUGAAUCUUGAAAGAGGGAGGAUAAGAGAUGAGUUAGCAAACCAGAAUGCUGAAACCUCUCACCUUACUAGCAAACUUGAUCGGGAAAUUCAUGAACUAAGGGCCCAGUUGGAAGCAGCAAAAUAUGAUGUGAUAAAAUACUGCAUAGGUACUCUUGUUUCCAUCUCCGCUGUUGGUCUUGCUGUAGUUCGUAUCUUGAUGUGAAAACAUAUCGAUUACAGAAUGGUGGAAUACCCAAAAGGGGAAAAAAGAACAGCUUAACUUUUUGUUGCAAUUUAAUGAUGAAAAAAAUUCAUUAGAAAAAGAAAUGAGGCAAGAAGAUCUUUAUUUACUGUAUCUCUUGCAUCAAAUUUGUACUUUGUAAUCAUUUAUAUAUUCAUUCCUGAUCAUGGAGAAACCUUGGAAUCUAAUUCGAGAUUCAAAAUGGUGGAAUGUAUCAGUCAUCAUGUGAGACUGUGAACUGCCUAGUCUUAUGCGUUUUUAGGUGAAUUUCUAUUUUGUGUUAUCUGGAGAAUAUUACCAGUUUCAUUAUCAGAAAUAAUUGGGUUCCAGUGAUGUAA